UCAACCAAAAUAGAAGUAGGUGAUGCUGCCUGGAGGGAUCAUUGUGAUACAAGAAAGACUUGGAAAGAAAAAUGACCAGUUCCUUGUUGAUGAUGUAGAUGAUGUGGAGCAAUUAAAUGAAUUAGCCAUAAGGCGUGAUUCAUUUGGUCCAUGAAGUAGAAUUAUAAUAACUACAAGAGAUCAACAUUUGCUGGAGGAAUGAAUAAAGAAGAAGCUCUUGAGCGCUUUAGUCGGCAUGCAUUUCAAAAUAAUUGUCCUGAGGCAGAAUUUUUGGAACUCUCAAGAAGUGUGGUUACCUACUUUGGAGGUUUACCACUGGCUCUUGAAAUUUUAGGGUCUUUUCCCUUUGGAAGGAAGGACAUAAGAGAUUUGAAAAACACAUGGAAGAAAUUGCAAAAAAUAUUCAGAAAAAGCUCAGAAUAAGUUCUGAUGCAAUUGGUGAGAACCAGAAGAACUUAUUCCUCUAUGUAUCUUGUUUCUUCAUUGGAAUGGACAAAAACUAUGUCAUAAAAAUACUCGAGGGCUGUGGUCUUUCUGCAAUAAUAGAUAUCAGUGUCCUCAUUCAGUGUUGCCUUGUAGUUGUUAGUGAAAAAAACAAACUCACAAUGCACAAUUUGCUUCGCGACAUGGGCGUCAGGAAGUAUACCCCAAACACCCUGAAAAAUGUGGUAAGAGUGUGGCGUCAGGAAGAUGUACUAGAUGUCAAUAUAUCUGGAACUAAAAAGAUUAAAGCGCUUGCUCUAAAUCUGCAAAGAUCUCUGAAAAAGAGUUUCAGAACAAAACCAUUUACAAAGAUGAAACUGAAAUUUCUCCAACUCAACUAUGUAGAGCUGAUUGGAGACUAUGACCAUCUUUCUAAACAUUUGUGAUGGCUCUGCUGGCAUGGAUUCUCUCUAAAGUUCAUAGGAAUUGAUUUUCUUCCUCAAGGAAACCUGGUUUCUAUGGACCUGCAGUACAGCAAUCUCGUACAAGUUUGGGAGCAUCCCAGGGUAGAUUAAGCUGAACCGAACUUUUGAACUGUUUCUUUCUUAUCUUUUUGAAUUUUGAUUUUCGUUUUCUAUUGGUCUUGUUUAACAGGUGCUCGAGAAGUUGAAGAUUCUUGAUCUCAGUCAUUCAUAUUACCCGACACAAUCACCAGACUUUUUAAAACUCCCAAAUCUUGAGUUUUUGAUCAUGAAAGGCUGCAAGAGUUUGUCAGAUAUGCACCAGUAUUGCCGAUGGUAAAAGACUUGCUUUGGUAAAACCUUAAAGACUGCAAAAUGCUCAAGGACCUUCCAAAGGAUUUCUAUGAGUUGAGAGAUAUUGAAACUCUCGUUCCUUCCGGCUGUUCAAGAUUUGAGAAUUUUGUCAAGGACAGAAGGGAGAUGACAUCACUGAAAACUAUUGUUGUAAGUGGCACAGCCAAAAGUCGAGUACCACCCUAUAUGGGAAGAUUGAAAAACCUGAACUACUCAUUGGAAAGCAGUAAUGUUCAUUACCUUCCAGAACCCGGUGGCCUUUCCCACCUUGAACGUCCAUGUUUCUGUAAUUGCACAAACCUUCCUGCAAGUGGAGAUUUACCAACUAGGUCGAAGGACUUGGAAUCAGAUCACUGCACUGCACUUGCAAUAAUUCCAAAUUCAAACUCUCUCUCUCUCUCUCUCUUCUCUCUGACUUGGAAUCAGAUCACUGCACUGCACUUGCAAUAAUUCCAAAUUCAAACUCUCUCCCCCCCUCCCCUCUCCCUCCCUCCCUCCUGCAACAGGAGACGGUGGGAAAUGAUUUUCCAAAGCAGUUCACGUAUUGAUAUUGUAUCUGCUUAAUAUGAUAUAAGGAUUGACUGCAACGGGAGAUGGUGGCAUUUGUUUGCGGGGA